ACGCGCGGGAUUCAGGUUUUGCUUCGGUCCUUCGCUUCUUGAAAAGCCACAGCACAGCUGCACAGUGUACCGGUCCCCAUUCCGAGCUUUAUGGUUGCACUGCUAAAGUCUUUCAAGAGACGAGAACACCUGAACGAAGUCUGCUGUAGAGCAAGAUUGCCUUGGAGCUGGUGUCCGGGCCGUUCAGCAGACUGUCAUUAGCUGAGCGGAAGUUUCUGUGCCUUUUUGUCCUUGUUCUUUGAGACGAUGAGCUCUUUCUAAUCAUGCGGCUUCCAACCUAAUGCACUGCCAAACCGCGCGGUACUAUCUGACUACUAGCUAGUGGAUUAAGGUUCAACGGGCACCGUUGGCAAAGAACACAACCAGACAGAGCUUCCCACUUUGCAUUGAGCGUACCUGUUUGCAGUUUUCCUGGUGACAAUGGCCAAGCGUGGAGAGAAUGAAUAUCAGAGGGACAGCAGCGCCAAGCGCUCUAGAUCUCGUAGUGCUCGUCGGUCAAGCGCUGGCAGCAAUGGGAUUGUUCCAUCGGCAGUAGUAUCAUCAUCUUCCGCAGCGAAGGUCCUCGACGACACUCUUGAUAACGAAUUCGACGAAGGCUUGUCGACUCUUCUGUUCGAAAGCCUCCAAAGCAAUGAUGAAAAUCGAGUCGCCAUAGCCACGGAAGACUUGUACGACUACUGCGAAACCGAGCAAGGGUGCGAAGAGGUGUUUCGGUUGGGCGGGCAUUCCAUUCUCGUCCUCACAAUGAAAAAGUGGCGAUCACGUGUGGACAUUCAAGCAGCUGCGUGCUACGCUCUCAAUGCUCUGGUAAAUGGGUACCCCGACAAUCAGAUGAAGCAAGAUCUUGUUUCUUCGUUGCACAAAAUGGGCGCCAUGGAGUUGGUCGUUCGAGCCCUAACGAAGUUUCGUACGUCUCAGGAUCUCCAAAUGAAUGCAAUUGCCACCGCUGGUAACAUGUGCUUUGUAGGCAGUGACCAUGACAAGAAACGUGCCGCGACAUUGUUUGUCUAUCAAUUGGGGGGAGUGCCGUUGUUGGUGGCUGCCAUGAAGGCCUUUCCGCGAGAGCUGGAGAUCCAAAACUCAUGUUGGCUUGUGAAAGGGUUGUGUGCAUUGGGUAUGGAGAAGGCCCCUGUCAUGCAAGGAGAAGUGUUGACCUUGUUUGCAGCACUGCAAGCCUUUCCCCAGUGUGAGUAUCUGAAGAAAGCUACCGGAUUGUUCAUGAAGGCAGUACUCUUGGGUGAGACGGGUGAUGCAAAUGACCUUGAUUGAAACCCCAAGGGAGUGCAGCAACUGGACACUGGAACUGGAGUAUGGGCGUGUCGGUACCAGUGUGAUCCAUCAAUGGUUUGUUCGAUAUUUGGCUACAGCAGGCAGCUAAGAUACAGAACCUCCUUCCCAUACCCACAGUCCCAUACGUACCGUACCAUCUAGCUAGUGUUGUAGUUAACUGUCCGCUUGGGUAGUACUCGUCGGCGUUGACUGGGUUUGUAGAAAGCAUCCUCCCCU